AUUCAUUUACAUGUUCUCUAUAACUACGCUUAAAAACAUUAACAAAAAUAAUUAAAUUGUGCAUGGGUUUGUAAUAUUACCAUUAUACAAAAUAUAUCGAUUUCCUUCAAUGGCUGCGACAAUAGUAGAAGUGGAUGACGAAAAUUUGCGCAAAAAAUGUGAAAAUGCUUCACUUGAAGAUGCUCCAGGGGCAGCUAAGAAAACCCCACAGCUGGGUGUGCUACCACCAAUUCGGCUUGGCAUGUCUUUUAGUGACUGGAAACAAAUGAAGGAUGCAGAAGAGGUCAAACAAUCGCCAAGAUCUGAUACGGGCAAACCAUUUACUAGCCAGUUUCGACAGAAUCAUGGUAUUUUAAACCUGAAUAAAGAGAGUCCAAUUCAGAAUCAGCAUUACAAUAACAAUACUCAGAUUUUCAGACCUCCGCAUAAAAAUAAACCAAGUUUUAAUUCUUUUCCACAAAACGCGAAUGUAUUAAAUUACAAUACUCCUAAUCUACUACAAAAUUUGCCAAAUUUUAUGCCGGAAAACAAUCAACAUAACUGGCAAAACUAUAAUUCGCACAGUCAACAACAAAAUAGUUCUAACUUUAUUGCAACUACUCAAAAUGAAGCCCAACAAAAUACGCAAAAAUCAUUCCGUCAAGAUACAAUGAACUCGCCGAGAAUUCCUCCUCUAAAACCACCGAUGUCUUUUGAUGAAUUUAUAAUUCACGACCAAUACUGGUCCUCGGGUCCGUUAAUGCAGCCAAUGCUUCCACCAAUGCCCAGGAUGCCUCGUUUAAACCAUCAAGUCAAUCGCAACCACAAAUUAAAUCAAGACAAGCGCUCGUCGGCUCGGUUUAAACCUAAAUCUGGUCAAACUACUGCAGUUAACCGGGUAUCCCAAAAAACAAAUAGUAAUACUGCAGCAGAGGAAAACGCAAAGCCGUUACAAAGUAGCACAACACAGCCCCAAAUUUAUAUCGAAAGGCCCCGAAAUUUAAUGAGUAGAAAUGAUAAAAAUAAAUCCAAUUGGAUGGUAAAACCGCAAGCACCGCCACCCAUUCACGCCACCACGCCUGAAGCUCGGGAAGAAAAACAACGCUUAUGGCGCGAAUAUCGUCAAGCAAUGAAACCAUUUAAACAUCGUGAAUUUGCGAAUGCUAAAAGAGUGGUGCAACGUCUAGGUAAAAAAUCCUUAGACGAAUUAGAUGAAAAAGAUCGUAGCCGCCUUGACCGGGCAGUGGAAUACAUUAAUGCCCAUAAGGCUUUGUUAAACGCUCGAAUGAUGGAUAGAUCAAAUAGGUUGGAGAAGAGUUUACAAAUCGAAAAAGCCAGUAAAACUGACGGAUCAACAACUUCAAAUCUAUAUCAGCACUCUGCAAGCUGGAGUACAAUAAAAGAUGCAUGGAACAAAGACAACACGAAUGAUGGCAUAAAUCAGUAUUAUUGUCCUCCACUGGGGGGAGACAAUGCCUCUAGUUGUUUUUGGAAUCCGGCAGCAGGACACGAUGCAAUACCUUUUCAAAUUUAGACAUGCGUAUUAACAAUAUAUAUAAUAUAUGAUGCUUAUCCUAUAAAUCUAAAUUUUGCUAUUCUUCAAAAAGGAAAUAAAUAUGUAUCAAACAUUGUGAAACACAACA